GGGUUUUACCGCCUUUGUGCACACGGCACCGGACUGGUGCGGAGCGCACAAAAACAACGUGUUUCUGUUUACCUCUGGGUUGUGAGUGGGUCUGGAGUGGAAAACGGACGUGUGUGGCCGCUGUACACGGUGUUCAUUAAAGUUUUAUGGUUAGAUUUGACCGGCAGACAGAGGUCCGGACUGGGCGGGAGCAUGAGGCCUGAUUCCGGGCCGCAGCCACCUGGAACAUCCCGUCUGUCAGCAUCCACCGAGCUAUGAAACCAUUUUCGGGCUGAUAACAACAGAGAUGAUGAACGAGCAGAUGAGUGCAGCCAUCCUGGCUGUGAUGCUUUUGUUCACUGCGAGCGGCGUUUUGGCAGCUUCAGACUGCUCCCCAUCCACCACGGAGGCUCCCGGCGGCUCCCGGUUCCUGUCGGCUGUGGUUGACUCUCAGAGAGCCGAGCAGAGCAGGAGGGAACACCUGGAGGCGCUGUUCCACAGGUACGGAGAAAACGGAACCAUCUCUCUGGAUGGUCUGAAGCGUCUGAUGCGGAGCGUCGGUCUCGGUCGGAUCAGGAAUAUCAUGGUGAAGCACCGGGAACAAGCAGGCCACCACCAUGAUCAUCAUCACCAACAUGGUCACCACCACUAUCACCACCAUGUCCACAGGAACCGGACUGCAAAUCAGAACAGAACUGAGGAAUCGGACAGUCACCUCGACCUGCACCAGAUGAAACCCAACAUCUCAGCACCGGCAGGUCAGGAUGUCAGAACCACAUCGGGGAAAGGCGCCGGUUUGUUGGUGAAAACACAAAAGAGAAGCUUGGAUGGAGCGGGUCCAUCUGGAGAAGGAACCGCCACGGCCGUUAAAGAGAGGCCAGCACAGACGGCUGCAGAAAAUCACCAUCAUGGUCAUGACCACGAUCACCAUCACGACCACCAUCACGGUCAUGGUCAUGACCACGAUCACCAUCACGACCAUGAUGACCAGGAUCAGGAUCAUCUGCAGAACCGCAGCCUGGACACUGAAGAGUGUUUGAACGCCUCUGGUCUCCUCUUCUCACACGGGAUGUCACAAGACGGGGUCGUCGCCCUCGGAGACUUCGUCUACCUGUGCCCCGCCCUCCUCAACCAGAUCGACAGUGGGGCGUGUCUCCUGCAUGGAGACGCCUCCCGCUAUGAGGACAGAGGGCAUAAACAUUCUCACAGUCACCAUGGAGACCAUAACCACAGCGAGCACGGCGGCGGAGAAACCACCAAGCACAUCACGGCAGCGUGGGUCGGCGGCUUCCUCGCCAUCACCAUCAUCAGUAUGCUCUCCCUGCUCGGCGUCGUCCUCAUCCCGCUCAUGAACAAAGUCUUCUUCAAGUUCCUCCUCAGCUUCCUGGUGGCGCUGGCUGUGGGAACGCUGAGCGGCGACGCCUUCCUGCACCUCAUACCUCACUCUCAGGGAAGCCAUCAGCACCAUCACCAUGAGGAGCCUGGUGUGGACCUCGAAGAACAUCACCUCCAUGAAGGAAAUGGGGAAAACCUGGAUGGCAUGUGGAAAGGCCUGACCGCUCUGGGAGGAGUCUACUUCAUGUUCCUGAUUGAACACUUCCUGACGCUGGGAAAAAUGUACAAAGACAAGAAACAGAAGAUCCAGAAGAAAUGGGACCAGAACGUUAAGUCAGAUCCAGAGAAGCAGCCCGCUCUGGAGGAGAGCGAGGUGAAGCCAAGUGAAGACGUGGAGACUAACGGCGCCAGCACGUUUGUCGACCACUCCAGCAGCGUGGCGGAGGAGGAGCAGGUGAUGUUGACGCCGCAGGUCUCCAUUGUCUCGCCAGAGAGCUAUGGCCAACCUUCAGGUGGCGCCGCAGGGUACUUAGCGGAGGACUGCGAGAACAAAUGCCACUCCCACUUCCAUGACACGGUGGGCCAGGCCGACAGCAUGCAUCACCAUCACCAUGACUACCACCACAUCCUGCAUCACCACCACUCCCAGAACCACCACCCGCACAGCCACUCCCACUCGUACUCGGAGCAGCACUUCCAGCAGGCCGGAGUGGCCACGCUCGCUUGGAUGGUCAUCAUGGGUGACGGGCUGCACAACUUCAGCGACGGCCUCGCCAUCGGAGCUGCCUUCACUGAGAGUCUGUCCAGUGGACUCAGUACGUCUGUGGCCGUUUUCUGCCAUGAGUUGCCUCAUGAGUUGGGUGACUUUGCGGUGCUCUUGAAGGCGGGCAUGACGGUGCGUCAGGCCAUCCUUUACAACGUGCUGUCGGCCAUGAUGGCCUACCUCGGCAUGGUGACGGGCAUUUUGAUCGGACACUACGCUGAAAACAUCUGCAUGUGGAUCUUCGCCCUCACGGCCGGGCUCUUCAUGUACGUGGCUCUCGUGGACAUGGUGCCAGAGAUGCUGCACAACGACGCCGGGGACAACGGCUUCAGCCACUGUGGCUUCUUCCUCCUGCAGAACGCCGGCAUCCUGCUGGGCUUCUGCAUCAUGCUGCUCAUCGCUAUGUUCGAGCAUAAAAUCCAGCUGGAUCUGGGAUACUGAGCGGGAAACCGUUUGUAUAUGUCGUUUACAUCCUCCAGUCGUCAUUGUGUUUUAGUUUACAUUUUCACAUCGUUUAGUUUAAAAAUAGCUGCAUGAACCCUGAAGGAAUCUUUGAUGCUGUUGAUGGAGCUUCUCAGUUUGGUUCAGAUGUUGCAGCUGGAGAUGAGUUGAGGAGGUGCCGUUCCUUUCUCCAAAUGGAGAUUGAACCUCAGCUCCAGAGUCUGGGAGUUUUUUCUGGGUCAACUUUUACUGUGAACCCGGUUCUUUUAACGAUACCCUCUGACCUUCAUCUUCUGAGUCAAUUAGUUUAGUUUUAUAUAGAAAUAUUUUUUUACGUUUUGCUGAGUCAAACCUGAUCAGUGUUACAACGAUACAACUUUCUACAUCACAGUUCCUCACAAAUGUUGUUCUGUGUAAAAUGUGAGGGGAGCUGCUGAGGAAGGUGGUUAAUAAUGAGUCGGGUCAUGAUUCGGUGCUGAAGGACAGGCAGAGUUUAGGUUAACUUGUUCUGAUUCUUUUAGAUUUCUGGUCAAUCAUUUUUACAAAAAAACUGUUUAUUUUCUCUAGCAGAGUUCUGCAGUGAAUUUAAAGCGUAACUCGGUGUUUCUGUUCAUGUUGAAUCUUCGUUUCUCAGCACUCCGACCAGAACCAAAGUUAAACAGGAGUGUGUUUAUAACACAGCUGCUCCUCUGAGGUGUUAAUAGGACGGUGUGGAGCCGAGCAGAAACGAGCUGCAGGGUUCAUCAGGUUCUGAAGCGUCGAAGAUGCUUGCAGCUCAGAAAGUGAUUCACAUAAAACUGAAGAGAAUUAAAGUGACAGAACUGCUAACUCAUACGAGCCACAGAAUCAACAUCCAGGGUUUGUUUCAGCUCGCUGGAAGUUCUUCAGAGUCUGAAGGAUAAAGAAACGGCCAGACUGCUUUUAAAGCUCCGCUUUAUUAAAGUUGUUUCUGUAAGACGUCAGAAACAUGAAACAAGCUCAUGUUCCAGGAAGUGUCCUGAGUUCAUGCCUCAUCAUGGAGGUUGACUCCCAGGUUGUUACAGUAUGAGCUUGUCUAGAUAUGGUGCAGCUGCUUUUAUUUUGAAGGAAAGAUGCUGAUUUGGGUUUAAAUGUUCAGCCUUAUGUUCUGAUUCCUGUUGUUUGUAUUUAUGGGUGAAAGUUUAAAGCCAGUUUGAUUCUGUUGUAUAAUUUAUAGUUUUGCAUAUUUAAAAGAACUUAAAAAGAUGAGUGCUAUGAGUGUACGGUUCACUAAUAUUGGUCAGAAAUGCAGGGUUGAGUCGUAUGUUUGAUUUAUGAAGUCCUUCCUGGUUGGUUGGUUUCAUUUCGCCAAUUAAACAAACGGCAUCAAUCACUGAUCGCUCUGGGACAUACCCAGACUCUAACCAGAAUGACCUUUUAUUAUGAACUGCUGACCCAACAGCUGCUCUGUUCUCAUUGGCUGAUUUUGAUUCCCUGAGCAGGACUGAAAUAACCCAAUGAAGACCAAUCAGAACCGUCUUUUUCUCGGUAAGCAGAAUGCACCUUAAGUCCGUAGUCUUCAUCAGAGGAUCGUUUAAAACUGUUUCAUGUUUCAGACACAUCCAGACCAGAAAAGUUCAGCCAUGAUCUGAAGAGUUUCUUUGUUCUGUGGUUUCAGACUGAAGAAGGCGGCUCAUAGAAAUAAAAGUAGAAACGGAUCCCGCUGAUUCAGGCGGACUGAUCUGAUGUUUAGGUCAAAGUUUACUCGCAGGUUGCUCACACCGCGACACUUGAACUUCACUGUGGAUCCAACAUGUACAACAUGAAACUGUAAAUACUUGCAUGUAACGUUAUGUACACACAUUUGUGAUGUUUCUGUAAAGUCUCCAUUAAGUUUCCACCUGAUCUGGUUCUGAAAUCUGGGAGAAGUGAUUCAAAGGCUUGGAAAACGUUGGAAUAAUAAAAUCCAUUAAACAUGGCA